CGGGUUUGUGUGACCAGGGAGUGCUCAACUGGGACUUCGGCGUCUCCUCUGAUUCAUUUCUUUAAAAGUGCAACGUGAAGCGGUUGGUCAACAGGAGCAAUGUCUUACGAACUCAGACAUGUGUUUGCCAGUCUCCCGCAGAUGGAAAGGGGGGUGACCAAAGUGAUUAGCGGUGAUCCCAAAGGCAACAACUUCCUCUAUACCAACGGAAAGUGUGUCAUCAUCCGGAACAUUAAUAACCCAGCCAUAGCAGACAUUUAUACUGAACAUGCCCAUCCAGUUACUGUUGCAAAGUAUGCCCCCAGUGGAUUCUACAUUGCAUCUGGAGAUACAACAGGAAAGCUUCGUAUUUGGGACACCACACAGAAGGAGCACCUACUGAAGUACGAGUACACCCCAUUAUCAGGCAAGGUCAAGGACAUUGCAUGGACUGAAGACAGCAAGAGGAUUGCUGUUGUUGGAGAGGGUCGAGAGAAGUUCGGCUCUGUGUUCCUGUGGGACACUGGUUCUUCAGUAGGAAGUGUUUCUGGCCACUCCAAAUUAAUCAACAGCGUAGACAUUCGUCAUCAACGUCCCUACCGGAUGGUCACUGGCAGCGAUGACAACAAUGGUUCUUUCUACGAGGGGCCUCCCUUCAAGUUCAAGUUUACAAUACGUGAUCACAACCAGUUUGUCAACUACGUUCGUUUCUCUCCGGAUGGAAGUCACUUUGCCACAGCUGGUGCUGACGGCCAGGUUUUGGUCUUUGAUGGAGGUAAUGGUGAGCGUGUCUGCUGCCUGGGAGGAGAAAAGGCUCACAAAGGAGGAGUAUAUGCUCUAAGCUGGAGCCCGGACAGCUCCCAGCUGAUUUCUGCCUCAGGGGACAAGACCGUCAAGCUCUGGGAUGUUGGUGCUGGUACUGUGGUCACCACCUUCAACAUGGGCACUGACGUAAUGGAUCAGCAGCUGGGCUGUCUGUGGCAGAACGAGCACCUCCUCAGCAUCUCUCUGUCAGGCUUCAUUAACUACUUGGACAAGAACAAUCCUGACCGGCCCAUACGCACCAUCAAGGGUCACACCAAAUCCAUCCAGUGUGUGACUGUUCACAGAAGUGAUGGGCGACCAUACAUCUACACGGGGAGUCAUGAUGGACACAUCAAUUACUGGGAUGCAGAAACUGGGGAGAAUGAUUGUUUCUCAGGGAAGGGCCACACCAACCAGGUGAGCAAAAUGGUGGUCAAUGAUGCUGAAGAGGUGGUGACAUGCAGCAUGGAUGACACGGCACGCUACACCAAUCUCAACAAGAAGGAUUACAGUGCCUCUGAUGUGGUGAAAAUGGCUUUCCAGCCUAAAAGCAUCUCAACGGCUGCAGGGGGCCUGACACUGGUUGUGUGCAUUGAGCAGGUCGUCUUACUGAAGGACAAACGAAAUGUCUUCACACUGGAAAACCUUAGCUAUGAACCUGAAGUUGGAGUUCUCGACCCUUCAGGAAACAUUGCUGCCGUGGGUGGAGCAGAUGGUACAAUUCAUCUGUACUCUGUCCAAGGCAAUACACUGAAGGAUGAGGGAAAAACCAUCCAGGCGAAAGGGGCCAUCACAGACAUGGCUUACUCUAAUGAUGGUGCCUACUUGGCUGUCAUAGAUGACAAGAAAGUUGCCACAGCCUUUAGUGUGGCAGAUGACUACUCCGUCAAAAAUGAGUUUUAUGGACACCAUGCAAGACCAGUUACCUUAGCCUGGUCACCUGAUAAUGAGCACUUUGCAACCGGUGGGAUGGACAUGAUGGUUUAUAUUUGGACAGUUGGUGAUGCAGAUAAGCGGCUGAAGCUUCCAGACUGUCACAAGUUGCACCACGUUAGCGGCCUGUCAUGGAUUGAUGAAAAUAAUCUGGUCACCACUUCCCACGAUGCCAGCGUCAAGCAAUGGACUAUUACAUACUGAGAUGCAUGCUGACAAACACCCAAGUCCCCACGGACAAGGACUGCUGUAGAGUUCAAUCCCACCCACCCACCAAUCUAGUUGGUGUCUUUUUAAACCUGUAAACAUUUAAAUCAAAAAUGGUUAUGGUAUAAAGAAAAAAAACAACUAAAAAUGAAAAGAUUUCAAAAGAUUUGUCCUUGUAAAAUUGAGCGCAACAUCCAGAGUGUAUUUGACAUCUCAUUAAGUGUAUGGACACUGCUCAACAUUCCAUAAGUAAUGCCACUCGUUUGUAGUUGGCCUCAGUGCAUCGUAAUUUGAUGGAUAAAGUGUUGUUUUAACACUAAUAUUAUGUUAAAACACAUUUUAAUCUUUUGGUUACAUUCCUGAAAUAAAAUGUGACAGGCAUGGUUGCCUGUCACAUUUGAAAAGGGAUGGGAGACCAGUGGAUGGGUGCAGCUUUUUACUUUCUAGGGUCACUUUUUGCUCUUCCUAUCACUUCUUGGACUAGGGAGCAAUUAUAGCAACUGAAAAAAAGUAUACAGUCAUGAUUCAGUCCAUUCAUUCAAAGAUCGUGUUUUUUGGGGGCCCACUAGUCACACUAGUUUCAUGUCUUGUCUCUAUGCAUUUGUUAAUAAUAUUGCUAAAAAUAAAAUAAUUUUGCAUUUUUUCUUCCCAAAUUUCA